UGUCGCGCAAGCGAGACACUAAAAAUCACGGGAGCGCUGACGGGUUAAACUAAGAAAAGUGUUGAGAUGGUCCGGUGGACGCAUUUCUCCUACUUCCUAUUGUUUACAAAGUCUCUUAUGCCAGCUCGUCAGACACCCGACUAACGAAGAGGGGGCUGAGUUGUUAUGGUUGACUCUUUCUACGGGACACAUAAACACACACGUAUAUACGUCUGCAGAGCUCAGAGACGGAAAGAAAGAUUCAGUUUUCACUUGUUCGUGCUUGUUAUCUUGACCGAGUAACACGUGUUUUAUUGUGCUGUGCCGUGCUGUGUAUUGUGAUUUCAUUAAUUAAAAAAUUAUUUUCGAUCAAAAUGAAGUAUGCAUUGACAAAAUUACCCCACCAUAAUAAUAAAAUAAUGGUUGUGAAAACCUGUAAUAUUCUUGAUUUUAGUGACUACAAUGUGUUUACUAAAAAUAAUGUUUAUCAUUACGACGACAGUGAGAAACGAUUUAAAUGCGUCAUUGUACGUCUAUCAGAUUCAUGGGAGGAAUUAUCCGACAAAAAUAUUCGCAUUCGAAACCCGGUGAUAACAAAUCCUUCAUCUCUGGAUUCUUCGACCAGUAAUGAUAUGGAAGUGGAAUCAGGGGUCGCUACGGCUAAAUUAUUUCGAAAGAACAAAAAACAAAGUGAAUUGAAGAGUAAGAAACAGAAAACAGAGGAAAUUAUUCAAGUAUAUAAAGAAAACAGGAAAAGUAAUAAUCAACAAGUAAAGGUCUCCAAUGUACACAAAUUAGAUGAUGGCUUAGAGGAUGAGCAAUCAGGAUUAAAUUUAUUCAAUGAUUAUGAUAACAUUCAAAAUCAUUUUGAUCCGUCUGCUGAUACGGGAGAUUAUGAUAAUAUUCCAAAUCAUUUUGAUCCGUCUGCUGAUACGGGAGAUUAUGAUAACAUUCAAAAUCAUUUUGAUCCGCCUGCUGAUACGGGAGACUCCAGCGAUGGACUUAUUUCACCAAGGAAUAAGCGGCCGAUCAAAAGUAGACAAAUCAUUUCAGAAACUGACACGGAUGACGACAUGUUUGAUGAAAGACAACCUGAACACAUUGAACCAAUUGUUAUCAUAGAAGAUAAACGCAGUGAAGCAAGAGGGGCAGAAUUUAACAAUGAUAAAAAGAAGGCUCCGCUGUCAAGGUCAUCACAGCAGAAUUUUUCUCGUAGUCGUCCUAUUUUAACUGACGUAACGAACCUAAGUCCAAAUCCGAUGAUGAGGCGACUGAUAGAAGACAACAGACAAAAAGAAGAAGAAAUUUCAAAAUUAAAACUUGAGGCUCAACAAUUGAGAUUGCAAGCAGCUUCUGAUGGACAAAAACUGCAACAACUACGACAGCAAGUACAACAACUACAAGAACAACAACAACGACAACAACAACAACAACAACAACAUCAACAACAACAACCCCAACCACAGCAACGAUCACAUCAACAGCAGCGUUAUGAUCCUUAUUACUAUCUGGAUCACGAUAUGUUUGACGUUGGAGACAACACAACCAUACCAAGUACUAAAGCACGUGCAGCUUUCAAUGCCGAAACUCCGGCUAAAUUUGUUUCAAUUAUGUCUCAUGCUAUGUGGAAUAUUGAGACCCUUUCGCAACGCGUUGUGCGCCGACAAAAAAAUACAAGAGGACGAGAAGAAUUAACUCCACGAAAAAAAGAGUUACUGAAAAUUCAUUAUAGAUAUUACUUGGAACAACAAAAUUAUCCCAAAGGAGAGUUUAAUAGAGAAGUAAAUGAUGUGACGCUAAACAAGUAUUUGGACAGAGCCAUUCAGUCAGCGAAAAGACUAUUUAAAGAAAAUAAUUAACUCUGUUAUGCCAUUCUUACGAUAUUUUAUAAACGUCAGUCAAACAAUUUCAUCGAAUUCCCCCCCAUGAAAAAAAUCUAUUGCCAAAAUAUAUUUUUCGUAUAUAAAAAAUAUAACAAAAAUACAUCCAAAAUAUGUAAAUGUAUAUAUAAUGUGUAUAAGAAAUAUAUUUAAAAUAGCAAACUGUUGGCCUAUUUUCGUAUAUAUUUUAAAUGUAUUUGUAAUAUAGUAAAAAUUUAUAUUAGAAUAUAUAAAAAAAUACAUAUAUAAAAAUGUAAAAAUGAAAUAAUAAUAGCAUAUUUCAAAUAUCUUAUUGAUAUAUUUUUUGGUAUUACAAUACCUAUAUUUUUUAAAUAUUUUUAUACAUGUAUUUUUUAUAUAUUCUAAGAUAUAGUUUUAAUAUAUUUAAAAUACACUUGAAAUAUAUAAAAUAUAUACGAAAAUCGGCCAACAGACAGCUAUUUAAAAUAUAAUUUUUAUAAAUACUUUAUAUACAUUUAUAUACUUUUUAUGAAUUUUUAGGAUAUUUUUAUUACAAAAAAAAAACAUAUUUAUUUUACAUUUUAACAUAUAUUUUUUAUACAUUUGUUUCGUUGGGGCAAAUGGGCUUCGCAGCAUUCGAUGCAGAUUUUUAAAGUAUUAUUAUUAUUAUCAUUAUUAUUAUUAUUAUUAUUAUUAUUAUUAUUAUUAUUAUUAUUAUUAUUAUUAUUAUUAUUAUUAUUAUUAUUAUUAUUAUUAUUAUUAUUAUUUUUAUUAUUAUUAUUAUUAUUAUUUUUAUUAUGAUAUUACACAAGUACAUUUCUUAGUAUAAACUUUGUUACUUUUUCCAUCCCUGCGUAUCAAGUAGUAUAACCCUGGAUUAAAAUUUAGACAAAAAUAAUAUAAUAUAAGUACUUGUAUCUAUAUACAGACUUCUUAGGUGAAUAUUCAAUAUUAAAAUAAAAUAUUAAUGUUUCUAUGCAUCUCUUGAGUUUUUCUUAAAUGAAAAAAAAAAAUAUAUAAAUAUUACAAAGGUUUGUUAAUUUAAAAAUUCCAAGAUUGUUGUCAAGAAACUACAACUUCAAAAUAACAGAAUA